AUGUUCCGCGCCGCCCUCCGAACACGACUGGCCACCGUGCCGCGGGCGCCCCUCGUUGUGCCGCGCGCGGCCGCCCAGGUCCGAUUCCUCGCGACGCCCGUUGAGCCGACGACCGACAUUGAGACGCCGGCCGUUACGCCGCGCGGUCUCGCCAGCGAGGGCGUUGAGGAGCUCCUUGGCCCGCGGUUCGCGGAGGAGGAGUCGACUGCCAUCAUCAAGCGAUACCGCGGCAAGGGCUUCCCCAUGAUCCCCUCGCUCCGCCACCGCGUUCACGUUCAGCACCCGCACCUUUUCGACGGCAAGCCGCUGCGUGCGCUCACGCUCGCCAAGCGCAAGAAGGGAGGACGUAACUCGACUGGUCAGGUCGUCAACCGCGGUGUCGGAGGAGGACACAAGCAGCGUAUCCGUAUCGUCGACUUCUACCGCCUCGAGCACGGCGUGCACGACGUUGUGCGCAUCGAGUACGACCCGGGACGCAGCGGACACAUUGCGCUGAUCAAGCGCCGAGGCGGAGCCGACGUUUCGCCCGAGGAGGGUGCUGCUCUCGCCGAGGCGUCUUCCGAGCUUCCCGGUGGCAGCACCGAGAAGCGUCUCGCGCGCAACGAGGUCAAGGGCGGAUGGUCGUACAUUCUCGCUCCCGAUGGACUGCGUGCGGGUGACACGGUGGAGAGCUUCCGCGGCGGUGUCCCCGACGGCUUCGUCGAGGGCUGGGCGAACCCGCACACGACCGAGAUUGUCGGCGGAUACGGCCAGUACUCGACCGCGCAGCGUGCGCUCGGUGUGUUCCGUUCCGUAGCUGUCAAGCCCGGAAACGUUCUCCCCCUUUCCCUCAUUCCCCCCGGAACCGUCAUCCACAACCUCACCAUCAACCCCGACGGACGCAUGGCCCUCUGCCGCUCUGCCGGCACUUACGCGACGCUCGUCGCUCACCAGCAGACUAACGGAGAGCCCGUUGGUGGUGCCGAGGUCCUCACGCUUGGAGGAGGUCUGGACUCGAACGGCAUCCGCGCCAGGAAGAACGGAGACGCCAUCGUCCGUCUGUCCUCUGGCGAGAUCCGCCGUCUCGACCCCGAGAACGUCGCUACGAUUGGAAUGGUUUCGAACAAGGAGCACCACCUCGAGGUGCUCGGCAAGGCGGGCCGCAACCGCUGGCUCGGCAAGCGCCCGAAGGUGCGCGGUAUUGCGAUGAACGCGUGCGACCACCCGCACGGAGGUGGUCGUGGUAAGAGCAUGGGAGGCAAGCACCCGCGCUCGGCCAAGGGCGUGCUCCAGGGCAAGCGUACGCGCCGUCCCCGCGACCGCGACGGCAACAAGGCCGUCAUCCAGGAACGUCCUCGCGGCGCCGAGAAGAGGCGCAGCUAA